CAGAGUCAGAAUGAAUAUCUCUGGCAAUGGAACCGCAAGUUCAAGGACUACAUAAACCUACUGAUGGUCAGAGAAGCCCCUCCUCUGGACUGGCUUUGUGCAGUUUGCAAGAAGGAUGGGGUUUAUAAAUGCCAUGGCUGUUUCAAUGAGCCCCUGUUUUGCACAGACUGCUGCAGAACCCAGCAUCAAAGGCAUCCUUUCCAUCGCAUCAGUCAAUGGACCGGAUCAUUUUUUCAAGAAACUUCACUCAUUAAAGUCGGCCUGCACAUUCACCUUGCUCAUGAUGGCACUCCAUGUCCCAGCAGCACUGAAUACACAUCCGACCUCUUUGAUUGGUCAGAUACCGAUGAAAAUAUAGACUAUGAUGAUUAUCCGGAGGGAGCUUCCAUUCCACUUGUUGCAGACUCAGAUCAUCCGGCUACAAUCAUAGUAGACAAAUCCGGUGUUCACUCCCUAUCCAUAUGGUAUUGCCACUGCUCCGGUGCUCUCAACCGGGAUAUGCAGCUCUUUGAGGCAGGCUUGUUUCUGGCAUCUUUCACCAGACCAAAAACUGCAUUCACAUUCUCUGUCUUGGACGAUUUUCUGCUAGACAACCUUGAAUGUGGUACAUCAGCCAUGAAUUACUACAGUAAGAUCCGGAGGCUAACCUCAAGCAUAUUUCCAUUGAUGGUUCCGGUAAGUCAAUUUUCAUUUUCUUGGCGCCAAUGCAAGCUUUACAAGUGGCAUGGGUUUGCCCACAAAGAUGAUGAGCCAAAGGCCGGUGAUCUCGCUCUAUUUUGUCCUGCAUGUCCUCAACCAGGGAUAAAUUUGGACCUGUCAACUGGUACAGCCACUCAGCCUGACAACACCCCUUUCUGGCUCUUCACCAGGACUUUAGUCAUGGAUGGUAAUUUUAAAGCCGAGCACCUCCAUCCGGUGAAUCCAUCCGACGAAGUAUCAUUGAUGGAUGGUCUUGCAUUCAUGGUCGGAGAUGAGAGAUACAAGAGUCAUUUGUCUGUUGCCCAAGACCGUGUCCAAAAGUCAGAUUGCAACAAUCACCAUGCAGUCAAUCAAGCAAAUGCCUCCCGGCAAAAGCUGGAGGCCACUGGGAUAGGAGGAUGUGCAUGUGCACGGCAUGGAUGUUUUGUCCCACAUUCCAUGGUGGAUUUUCAGAAAGGUGAAAGGCAGAUGAACAUGGACUAUGCCUUGAGUCAAGCACUCAACUACAAUACAGAUGGAAUCUCAUGCGUGAUAACGUUCUAUGACAUAAAUUGUCAGUAUAAUAAGUUUCUCAAGGACUGGAUCACAUCCAGCAUGUAUCUUUCGAUCCCCAUGGGCAUGAAUAUCAUUCCCGGAAUAGGUUUGUGGCAUGUACAUGGGCAUCAGGACAGCUGCUAUGUCCAGUAUGCAUCAAAUUUUAUGGGCAGGAUAGACGGAGAGAUCAUGGAAACACUCUGGGCAUCCUUGAACAUAAUCUCUCCAUCGGCCAGGGGCAUGGGAACUCCGCAUCGCAAGGAGGUAUUGGAUUAUCAGAUGAAUGAUUCCAACUUCAUGAAAAUGAUUCGCAUAACUAAGUUUCUGUGCAGAAAGUUCAAGGAGGCUGCCAGGGGUGCUGAAGAGAGCAAACUCUCAUUCCAAAAUCUUAAUGAGACAGCUCACCCCGACAUGGUCCUUCUUUGGGAAGUAGAGGAGGCACUUGCUCAGGCGAACAGACUGGAGGAUCCAACAGCCAUGGACAUUUAUGAGGUCCGGUUGGAAAAGGGCAAGUCUCCAACUAGAAAGCAGCAGGAGUUGCGCCUGCUGGAGGCUCAAAACUGUCCUGAUCAUUUGGUCACCAAUUCCCUCAGUCGAAGAGGAGCCGCCACUUGGCUAGCAACUAAUCUCACCAUAGAAGAAUCCCAAAUCUCUCUAUCCAGAGAUGUGAAAAGGCUCGGAAGGCAUCCUACAGAUAUUCAAUUGCUGAGAGUAGCCCAACUCAGGGAUAAGCUACAAACUCAUAUUACAAGCUUUCUCGAGAUGGCACCCACUUAUCUUGGAUUUGGAGUUGAUGUCGAUGAACCAGAUCCUCCGGUAGAUAGGGUUCAUAAUUCGCUCGACGAUUAUUCCGAUCUUGAUGAUUGUGAUCACAAUCCGGUGAAGGUUCAACGAUACAGCGAGGCACGAACAAUGCUCCUGACUGUAUCUAUAAUUGUUCUUACAAUCAUACCUUUGCCUUCCAACCUUGGAAUAGACAAAUGCAAUGCAUUGGAUGUCACCGAUCUCAUGAAAGAAGAAACUGCCCUCCGUGAAGGCCAGGCCAAUGACGCCCUUCAUGCAAUUAGAGUUCAUUUGGGAGAUAAAGCGGUUAUAUUCUGGAAUACUGUCCGAUCAGCUAAGUCACAGGCCUCCUCCACCAGGGCAUGGACUCAAGUUCACUCAGUGGAAGCAGCAGUAAAUCUCAAUGCCAGGAUAUAUUCAAAAUGCUGGUUGCAGCUAGCCAAACUCCCUGAUCAUGACCUCCUGAAGAAAUAUCUUCCACUAAAGAAAGAACACCUGAAAGCCAGCGCUGCAGUGGCAGAUCCAAAUGUGCGUGGUCAGAGGGACGCUACUCUCGCAUGGUUCUGGUCCAUUGAUGUUCAGGGUGAUACAUCCGGAAAUGACUGGAUGACAGAAUGUGAGUGUCCACCACAUCCGGUGAUAUUGGGUCGUCUGGUCUCACAUGCUCUGACAAUAGUUUAUCGGGUAAAUUGGCUCCGGACAAAGGCACUGUGUGAUCGUUGGAAUGAAGAGGUUGUUCUUGUUAAACAAGAGAUGCAGUGGUCGGUCAAUUUCUUUAAUCACAAGGCCAAGCAAUGGUGCGGUCGCAGGGACAAUGCCGCUUCCACUGGGAGGACCAGACAUGCAUGUUAUGCUGCCCGACAAUGUCACAUAUAUGAAGAACUAGCUGCACAUGCAGCGGAUUCCUUUCAGAAAAUUAUUCCGGUCAUUCAGCUGGAAGUACCGGUUGUCAGUUAG